UCGGUGGAGGGUUUCCACUAGUUACCACAGCCUUAAAGUCAAAAUUGGCUAUCUUUUCAAAAUCCAGAACUAAAAUAUGCUUAAUUUAAGGUUAGGAUUAGGCAUACAUUUAGCAGUGGUUAAGGUUAGGUUUAAAAUCUGAUUUUAAGAAAAUAAAUUGUAGAAUAGGCGGGGUUUAUGACUUUGUGGCUGUGUGACGACCGUGAGGAGGCUACCAAAGAAAAUGCUAUUGUUGUCGUUUGUCAGCAAGACGAUAACUGGCAAAGAUACUUAGCUAGCCGAAAGGAAUUAUCAAUGAGUAUUUUAUAUAUUGACAACGCCACAUAUUACAUGUUAAAAUGAAAAAAGGAGGAAUGCUUCGUUGGGCCUAACUGCUCUGACCUGAGGGAGCUGAGUCUGCUCCCCCAUAAUCCCUUUGACCCCUGACUUUUGACCCCUGGACGGUGUAACCAUGACGACGGGGGAUUGUUGCCACCUCCCGGGCUCCCUGUGCGACUGCACUGGCAACACUGGCCUGUCCAAAAGCGUGGAGGAGUCGGAUAACUGCAGAGCGCAGUAUGUCACCCAGGUCACAGCCAAAGAUGGGCGGCUGCUCUCCACCGUCAUCAAACCUUUGAGCACACAGAGCGAUGGGCCAAUUUGCCGGAUCUGCCACGAGGGGGCCAACGGCGAGGGGCUUCUGUCCCCCUGCAACUGCACAGGGACUCUGGGCACGGUGCACAAGAGCUGCCUGGAGAAGUGGCUCUCCUCCUCCAACACCAGCUACUGUGAGCUGUGCCACACAGAGUUCACCAUUGAGCGCAGGCCCAAGCCUCUCACAGAGGUAACAAAGUGGCUGCGGGACCCGGGCCCUCGUAACGAGAAGCGCACAUUGUUCUGUGACAUGGUGUGCUUCCUAUUAAUCACGCCCCUGGCAGCCAUCUCUGGCUGGCUGUGUCUGAGGGGAGCCCAAGAUCACCUGCACUUCAACAGCAGACUGGAGGCCUUGGGCCUCAUCGCCCUCACCAUCGCCCUUUUCACAAUAUACGUCCUCUGGACUCUGGUAUCAUUCCGCUACCACUGUCAGCUCUACUCUGAGUGGAGACGAACCCAUCAGAAAGUACGCCUCCUCCUUCCCGACGCAAAGGGGCGGCAUUCUAACCAGCAUUCCUUGCUCUCCACCAAGCUGCUGAAAAAAACAGCAGACGAGACUAUAGUAUGAGGUCAAAGGUGGGAAGAUUUGAAGUUGGUGGUCUUUGGGUGCUGGAGGUUCUCAAUGAAAAAGCACGUCUCCAACCAGAGCCCAAGCUCUUUUUCUAUUUAAAUCCUUUUUACCUAUGUGUGUCAUCAUCGUCAGCACUUCUUUUUUAUUUUGUCGUCUGAGCCUCUGAUGGUGUUUUUUUUGUGAUCUGGUAAAGAAACCAGUAUUUUAGAGACCAGUGAUUACCGUGCAGUAUGGUGUUUCUGAAGGUUUGGAAAAGGGCAGUUGAUUGGAUGGGUCUCCGCUGUGCGCUGCAAAGGGACAACAUAGGAUUCGUUGGACAGAUGCUCAGUGGAGAUGGCUGCUGAAGCUUUAAGACCAAACCCUCUAGUGUUUAAGUGGACAAUUCCCACUUUCUCCUCCCUAACUUCCUUCACAGCCAUCUCUAAAAGUGUAGCAUGGAUUGUUGACGCUGAUCUACGGCGAUCCAUCCAGCGGUUGGUUCCCUAACCACUGAGUGUAGAAGUAAGAAGCUUAAAGCUUUCAUUCCCGUUUACCAGCCAAAGGCUAUUAGACUGGGGGGAUUAGAGAUGCUUAUGACAUUGCUACGCAAGCCAGUUGACUCCCUUCAAUUCAGCUCCAUCUGUUUUCCUACUUGGUGUGAGCAGGAAUUUUGUUCAUAAAGAUGGAGAUUGUGCAAUAAAACACUGGACACGG